CACCACGCACUGCCAUUUAAACAACGCCAUACAUAGCGUAGAUGCGUGUCCUGCAUUCAAUAUUUUCUGAUAAGACGAAAAACGAGACCAAAUACGCCAUUCCGGCCCCCUGGUUGUCUUUUUCAGAUAUACUGAUAUCAAGCCGCUUUCACUUUUUCCUGGCACAGUGUUGAAAUAAGUCUUUGAACAUCUAAGUCUUUGACUGACAGAUACCCGGGCAGACCCGCACAAAGUUAACCGUCCCUUGAGCUUGCAAGGGUCGCUGCUCUCUCUUAUCGUCGCUAAGAAAAGAGGAAGAAAAGGAAUUAGUGCGCAUACCUACAACAGCAACCCAUAAUUUUCUAUUCCCGAACCUUCCUAUACCCACUCGCGCCAUCUGCGAUAAGAAAAAGGACCAUCGAAUUUACAACAUUGCGCUCUCCCACGAUCGCUUCCUUGCAUAUCACAAUCGAGCGCCGAUCCACUUGUCCAUCGUUUCUAGCUACCCAUCUCCACCACAGGACAAUCAUUUCCAGGGAUCAAGAGUGAUAAAAUAUUUGGCCUUUGCACGUCUGAGACAAUGGCGUCUACGAGCUACAACCAUCAUCCUCUGCCCACGCCGCAGCAGCAGGGGCAAUACCGCGACGAAUCUUACCAACAACAAGCUCCCGUUCCUCCUCAUUACUACUAUCAGCAACAGCAGCAGCAGCAGCAGCAGCAGCAAAGACAGCAACAGCGGCAACAGUCAGCGCUACCGGCACAGCCUUCCGAGCCGCAGAAACCAGAGCGGGUCCGACCAAAGUCGCGAGCGUUUAGUUUUCGGUCCGAAAAAUCUCAUAGGAGUUCGAACUCUCAUAAUAAGUCCAACCUUCAUGAGACCAGCGCCGAAAAAGAAGCCAAACGACUUCACGGCAAAACCGAUCCCACAUUAGCCAUGACUGAAUUAGAACCAGCUAUGGAAGCGCAAGCAAAAGGGGGCGUUCAUGCUGCUUCCCUGCGCUCUUUUCAGCACAAGGAUAUUUACGGCAACCUAAUUACCGAUCCUGACAGAUCGAAUCCUACUCGAAGUCGGCUAGAACGCCCUCUCGAUACAAUUCGGGCUUUUGAGGCUGCCAUUGACGGUGCAUAUAGUCGUCAGUCAGACACCGCGUCAGUGGCGAAUUGGAGCAGGCGAGGCAGCUACAACGGAAACAAUGGCCCGCGUUUCCCUCAAGAUAGCUACUACGGCGGCCGGCCGAAUUCCGGUUUCCGACCAGAGAGUACGAUGUAUGAUUCUAGACAAGCGGUGAUGAAUCACCGAGAUAGCUAUCACGAAGCGGUCGAGGGUGGUGCAUACGGCUAUGGCAACCCGGGCCCGAGGAAUAGGUAUUCGAGAAUGCAGCCUGAUCCAUAUUCAAACCAUCGGGGGGUACCCGAUAGGAACGUCUACCCCAUGCCGAAUAAUCAUCGUUCAUACGAGACAGUUGCGUCCGGUUCCGGCAGCGGAAGUUUAGGAGAGCCAGCAGGGUAUCAGACUGAUCCCACUAGCAGUGAUAAUAGCUCAAUUGAUCGCCGCUCGCCACCGAAACGACAGGAACCAAUUAACGAUUAUGGUAUCAGCUUUGGUCAGGCGACGCAAACUCCCAGCCUCGGGCUUGGUGGUGGUCCGGGAGCAGCGCAACCAGUUCCUCGUAAAGAGAACGGAAUAUUAAGGAAACCAUCAAAAACUGCAGCACCUAACGGGUACUCAGACGACCAAACGAAGGCGGAGAAGCGAAAGAGUUGGUUUAAGCGAUUUAGUAAAUCCUAG